CUGAUUUUGACUUGAUUUUGAAAAUCAUCCAUUUUUACUGAUAUGUGAAAGUGUUUUCGAAAACAAUAAACUAGAAAAUUGAAAUCUUUCAACUAUGCCGGCUGUUUUAGGAGGUGGAAUAGGUGGCUUAUCAGCCGCCUACUAUCUUACUCGUCGCUUCGUGAACCCAGUCACAGUUUAUGAAGCAUCCAACCGCCUCGGAGGUUGGAUUCGUUCCGAGAAUCACUACGACGAAAACUUUAUAUUCGAGGCAGGCCCUCGAACGAUAAGAACGAAAGGACCAGCUGCUACCAAUACACUUGAACUAUUGGAAGAUUUAAAUUUAAACAAAGAUAUUUAUCCAAUUUGUGAUACUCAUCCGGCGGCAAGAAAUCGAAUGGUCUAUGCAAAAGGUCGACUCAAUAUGCUUCCAAAUAGUUUAACUGGAGCUUUUAAAACCUUACCUCCUUUUACAAAACCCCUCAUUUCCGCUCUAUUCCAUGAUCUUAGAGCUGGUAGCAAAAAGCAAAAAAUAAACGACGAGUCAAUGUAUGAUUUUGUUGAAAGGAGGUUUGGUAAAGAAAUCGCUGAUUAUGCAAUCAGUCCAAUGAUUUGUGGCAUUUGUGCUGGCAAUGCCAAAGAAAUCAGUGUUAGAUUUCUAAUGAAUGAUCUUUUUGAAUGGGAACAAAAACAUGGUGGUGUUAUUAAAGGACUUCUUUUUCGAGAUAAAAAGAAAGCUAUAAAGAAACAAUCAGAAGGAGUAUUGCCCAAGUUAGCAAAAGAUCAAAAAUGGAGUAUUUACUCUAUAAAAGGUGGACUUGAGAUGUUACCCAAGACAUUGGCCGAUUACCUAACAAUCUAUUCUGAUAUCCAACUCAAUUCCAAUUGUCAAAAAGUAACAUUUUCAAAAGACGGUUCAGCUGAAAUAUGUAUAAAUGACAAAGCUAUAACCACUGACCAUGUUGUGAGUUCAUUGCCAGCCUUUACACUAGCAACUGCCGUCGAAGAACAACACCCAGACUUGGCUGGUCGUUUAAAUGAAAUUCCCUAUGUCGAUGUUGCUGUGGUCAAUCUUCAAUACAGAUCGCCAGAUUUACUAGAACAAGAAGCAUUUGGAUUUCUAGUUCCUCCAAUUGAAAAUCUACCCAUUUUGGGUGUGAUCUUCGAUAGUUGUUGUUUUAAUAUGCGAGGCAAUACUGUCCUCACUUGUAUGUUGGGUGGACAUUGGUUUGAGAAAUUGUUUGGAAAGAAUCCAACAGAAAAGGAUAUACUUGAUGUGGCUUUAAAGAAUGUUCAUGACAUUCUGGGAAUCGAAGUAGAACCAAAAACUUCUAGGGUACACAUACUACGUAAAUGUAUUCCACAAUACACUGUUGGUCAUAAAGCACGAGUAGAUGGAAUUCGAGAUUAUGUUAAGAAACAUAAACUCCCUUUGAGUUUGUGCGGAUCAGCUUUUGAUGGGGUAGGGGUAAAUGAUGUAAUUUUAUCUUCAAGGAAUCAAGUGGAUCAUAUUGUAGGUUGUCAAUAAAAAAAAAUGGAAAAGGUUGUUUUAUUUUUUAUUUUAAA